AUGGCGACCGCACAAAAUAACGCAGCAGCACAAUCGCCCUCUCUGAACUCUAAUCGAGAUCAAAAUAUCUCGUUUCCACCACUGACCACGGAAGAAGAAGAUCACGUCAUCCUAACACGCAUAACGAACGACGAGCGGCCCCUGCGGCGCGUCAUCAAGAAAUUCCAUGCGUACACGUCCAUCGCGUUCCAGACAGGCAAAUCGCCGCAGGCGGAGGUGGCAAUCGACGAUGCGCGGGAGGCCUUCCUGGUGGAGCUGUCGUCGUUCCAUCUGAUGCUGAAGAAGAGCGUCAUGAUAUGCGAGGGCGAGGUGCGGCAGGUGGAGGAGUACCAGCGUGAACGGUUGAGAAUCGAGGACGAACAUGGGACGCUGAAAGGGCAGAUUGAACAGCUGAAGACGAGCUUGGAGCAUGCACAGCUACAGAGAAGGCGGAAACUAGAAUACGAUGCUAUUGCGGAGAAGGUGAACAUGCUCCCCAGUAGAGAAGAGUUGGAACAGUCCAUCCAAGCACUCGAAGGUGACAUGGCUACCAUAAAAUCAGAACACGACUCUCAGGACCGUAUAAUACGCAACCAAAAAUCCGCUCUCGACAGCAUCAUCGCCAACCUUGGCUCCCUGCGCUUCACGGGCAAGGACGUCGAUAUGGCGUCCACAUCUGUGGCCAAUACGCCGAGGGUGUCCCCUGGACCUGACGAAGGGCGGGAGACUGUGGACAGCACGGGCACGGGCAGGGAGAGCUCGCGGGGCGAGGCGUCUAUGUCCAUGGAUAUCAAGGAAGAGAAGGAGGAGGGGGAGACGUUCAGCGAUAACAACAGGGUGGACUCUGAACCGGCGGAGGGGCAGGUGACGCGUGCGGAGGGUAGUGAGGCGGGGCAGAAUGAUAUCGAGAUGGGGGAGGUGGAGGAGGAUAAUUCGAACUUGGGCAAGGGGAGUAAGGUGAAGCGGAUAAGAGAGGAGUUGGAGGAGGGCGAGGCGAGUGACGAGAGCUCAGAGCUAUCAGAUGCACCUGAAUGA